CUGAACCACAGCCAAGGGGUCUCUCGCGCUGCCUCCCCUAGAACGUUGUCAACAACGGUAGCCCCAAGAUGCAUUGUCGCGUAUCUGCCACGCGACAUCCUUGCCAUGGUGUUUGACGAACUCUCCCGUUACGACCCCAGGCCGAUUCACAACACCUGGCUUGUCCAUAAGUGCUGUGGACCUCCACUAUGGAUAGACGCAACAUACGUAUGCAGACACUGGCGGUCGACCGCUUUAUCAUGCCCCUCGCUCUGGGCCACCUUCUCAUUGUGCUCUAUUGACUGUCAACGGGAGUACUGUUCUCGUUGGGGCAAGAUGGUCUUGGAACGCGCGGGAGAAAAGGUGCCCCUGCAUGUCCAUGUCGACUUCUCGCACGUGAGGCCAGGUUCACAGGCGUACGAAACGCUUGUCAGAAACCUAGGACGCCUACGCGAAAUGUGGAUUGACGAAGCACUUACCUCGGACCUUCGAGCCAUGAUGGCCUCCUCUGCCGAUGACUUACAAUCCUCCCCGUUGAUGAUGAUAGAAUCCCUGCGAGUCGAGUUCCAGAUGUUUGACUACGAGCAAGAAAGAUCCACAGCGAGAUCCACACUGCCCUUCCCCCCCAACCAAUGUCCCCGGCUCAGGAGUCUCAGCGUACGCACGAAGCUCGUGGACCCCGACUGGCAGAGUAUCGUCGCCCUGUCUACCAAUCUCGUCUCUUUCGAGUUUCGUGGAAUUUUAACCCGAUUUGUACCGGGUUACCCGGACAUGCUUCGCGCGCUUAACUCCAUGACGGCACUGAAAGAGCUUCGACUUCAGCCGACUUUAGCAGUUGAUCCAGCUUGGGACGAACACAAAGAGGUCAUUGCUUACCUACCAGAUCUGACUUCAUUGACGAUCAUUACCAAUGUUAAUGUCUGCCUGUCCCUCCUACCUCGCCUUCGGUUUGAUCGUUCAAAAGCGGAGAUCUCUCUUCAACUGACAAGCCCCAACUUAGAAAGCGCAGAUGUCGAGGAAGCCCUCACGAAGCAUGUGUUGCAAAGGCUUGUCGCGCUGUGUCGGGACUUUGACGAUAUCCGUCGGUCAGGAGAAAAUAUUCACCAGGAAGCUACGUCCCUCACUGGAGAACAAGAACACCCCGAUUCUGGCUCUGACCCGCUGAACGACAUUGACAUGACCCUUCACUCUCCCUCCUUCACCGUACUUCUGGACAAGCCAACGAGAUCAAUUGGCUUGACUAUUGACCUCUCCCCCAUCCACAACAACCGCUACCACCACUCGACCACGAGGUCUAUUCCAGCUUUCGCCGGACUCAAGUUGACGUACCACGCACGGCAACAACAUGCUGAUUCAGCCAUCUCCGCCUUAGUCCAAGGCCUCCCCUCUUUCUUCGCCUACACUCAGACCAUCAUCGCUAUUUCUUCGGCCCCCUGGCCAGAUGACCUAUGCGAUGUUCUCCUGGGCCACGCUCCUGCCAUGCGCACUCUCCAGCUUAGUGGCCUGACUCGCGAAGGCAGCCGGUCGAUUUUCGCCUACUUGACGCCCCGUUCACACAACGCUAAGGAUGGGGAGAGCCACAAUGUACUCCCGUGCCCGAAGCUUCGCCAAGUCACUAUCGAGGGCUAUUCGGUUGUGGAUGGCUGGCGAGAUGAUGAAGGAUAUGAAGACGUUGGUGAACAGAUCUGGUUCUUCGCUCCGCUUAUCAAGUGUAUCGCCGCUCGCCGACUACUAGGAUGCCGCAUCGAGCGCAUUGUGCUGGGUGUCGAGUGCGAUGUCGAGGUAUACGAUGUUGAUGACCUUAGAGACUUUCUGAACUUGGAGGUGGACUGGCUUCCUCAUUUGAACUUAAGAUAAAUCUGUCUGAUUGUUACAUAGGCGCAAGGUAGAGAGACAACACCGUACUUACCCUUCGUUUGAUUCGCAACUUGUGGGAACGUUUUUGCUUCGAGAUAGAGACAUUUCAUUAAACCAAAGUAGUAGUACUACUUAAGGAAUGGCUUGAAGUCGUAUCGUAUGUGUAUAUGUGAAAAUGCAUCGUUCCAUUCGC